AUGACGAGCGAUAUGCCAUUAUCUAAGAGCCUGCAAGCUCAAUUGGACGAGGUCCACGCUUUGCAUUACAUAUUUUACCCCGCAACCCUACAAUGCAAGGGUGAGAUUGAUCAGGAGUUGUUUGCCGAUGAUAUGAUGCCAGUAGAAGAGUAUCGAGAAUUACUAUCUCGAAUGACUGAAAGGACUCGUAUAGAACUGAAUCCUGAGACAUCAUUGAACGACGCAUCACCUGACUCUUUACUUAAAAUCGGUUUUCGGGUUUCGCCGUACUACGGUGACUUUUCAAGAGAUUUAGAUAUACCACAGAGCUUUAUAGAGGUCACGUUUCCGGCUGAUUACCCUGAAUCUUUACCCCGGAUGGUGGUCAUAAUGAACAUGUCGCUUUCACCUUCCACUCAGAAAGACGUUUUGUCCCGUAUGGAACGUGUAAUGAAUGAAACUGAUGAUGGAGUGUGCGUGUUCAAUGCCACCAUGUGUAUGAAUGAAAUGUUAGGAGAUAUCCAUGCGAAAGAGUACCGUCUGUGGGACACCACAGGCAAGGUCCUUGAGAUAAACCACCACGAGCUUAACCGGGAUAAUCUCCGUGUACUAGAAAGUAUCGGCACAAGUAAUCAGGAUAAUCCGCAUGUCGUUACCCACCCACAAUCACCCAAGUCAACAGAAGCACCUUCAUUGACGAUUGUGGAGAACCCUGAUGUAGACAACACUGUAGUAGCCGAAACAGCAACUGUCCCAUCUACUGGACGAAGAUCAUUAUACUCGUUCCAGGAUGCGUCAACUGUUGAUCGGGAAAUGUACGCAUCGAGCGUUGACGCCGGCUGGUCGAUGCAAGCCUUGAUUCAGGCGCCUCUGUGGUAUGAUCCAGGGCGCAGGCAGUUGGAUGAAUCUUCCAAAGACUCAACGAGUUCAUAUGUUAUGCAGUUAGGAGGUGAUGUGAGACGUGACGGCCAUCUUUGGCAUCCGUUUACGUUGAGUGAGGCAUUGGCGGAUAUCAACAAUCAGAUGCAGUCACAGCGCACUUGGUCCCGUGAACUCGAGACGCAGACUGAUAUUACGGACAUUAGCAUCGGAAAAGUAUCUUCGUCGACAUCAGCCCAACCUCUCUCAUCAACAGACACUAGUAGAACUCCGGAUGUACGUGAAGGUGUCUCACCUCUAGAUUCCGAAACUGUUUUGGCGGUUACCCGCUCAACGGCGUUGCUCAGCUCCCUCACUGCUGCCAACUAUGUAGAACGCUACCGCCAGGACUUCACUGAAACAAUGACUAUUGUGCAUACCGAUUUCUCUACCUUCGUAAAGGCGCAACAUAUGCUUGACCAGAACCUCUACAUGGUACGUACCUAUGAAUUGCCUAGUUUCUGUGUUUUGCAAACCCAGCGUGCUGAUUUUGAACCCAAGGAUGAUAUUGAGCACUUCGGGUUACGGCGUAACAUGCUUAUACAACAGCUUGUUGCCUCUGUAGCGCUUCUAUCGCGUUUACAACACAACAGUUUAGCUCGAUAUUACCAGUGUUGGGUUGAAAAGAUACAUCUUUUUGAUGUUAUUUCCCAGUUAAUGAGAUCUUCGGAGUCAUUGCUUGAGGGUAGGUCCAGCAACUUCAAUGAGGUUAAUGACAAGGAAUCCUUGCGUAAAUGGUCGCAAUAUCUGUUGUUGAACACCAGUGCUACUUUUGCGGAUGACGGUGUCCCUGAAUUUAUUUUGGGUGAAGCAGUUACUCGCCGUCGUAUGUAUAUUCAAAUGGAGCACUGUGACGGCACUACUCUAGACGAAGUGAUUCAGAACGACUCUUUGUACAAGGAUCCUCAGCGUAUAUGGACUUUUACUAGGCACAUCUUGGAUGUAUUAGCAUACCUCCACACGAAUCAUUCCUAUCAUCAGGCCCUUUCUCUAAAGAACAUCAUUGUAUACACGGAUGAUAACGGCACGGGUGUUAAGGUUUGUGAGUUCGGUAUAGCUCGGUUGUUGCGUCAAUUCUGUCACACUGGUUUCUUCUGUAACCAUCCCCUCUGUAACUGUCAUGAGUACAGUAAGCAGCUGCGUCGGGAGUUGUUUGCUUACCACCCUUCUUCCUUCAGGUUGGCCAAGGAUAUCGAUUUCAAUGACCAACAAUCUCUCCAGGGUGCAUCUGAAUUUGAAGCACAGCAAGAGGAUAUGUUUGCCUUGGCGAUAUUGUUAUUCCGUAUGUGGCAUCCUCCCACAGAUGAGCGUGUGUUCAAGGAGUUAUUCACAAAGGUGACGGCAUCUCAUAACUUCCCUGAUUACUUUUUGCAAUCUACUCCACCUAUAGUAGUUACUACUAUCUUGAGGUUGGUGACUAUGGACCGCCGUCCAACUGCCGUUGAAUUGUUGACUGAGACAUUUGUCCCUCCUGUUAUGAACAACGACCUGUACAAGCAGUAUCUACGACGUUUGCAGGAUCCAAGUUCCGAAGAGGCGGUGGACGCGUUGGAAUUCCUUUUCCUACGUGCAUGGCCAACAGAUGUGACCCGCCUUCAUUCGGAUCUCCCUCUAAGUUUACUUGCUGCAAGAUCAUAUUUGAUGGGCAAGCUCGAGUGGUUUAUGCGUCGUCGUUCUGUUGUGAUUACAUCUCCUCCCAUAUUGCAGCCGAUGUUUGCUGACGAUGCCGAAGCUGGUGUAACUGUGAUUGACGAGGACAAUACUUUGCUUAGUUUGACUGUCAGUCUUGUGCGAUCAGUGGACAACGUUCUUCAACGCGUUCCUAUUAAUCCAUACAGUGUCUACUAUAAGCUUUUCAGUGUAGGUGACGUGUUUGAUGGUUCCUCGUGUAAGCAGUCUGCGGUGUACAGUUGUCUGCAAGGCCCACUUGAUGAGACUUCUCGAGCCUAUAAUUCUCUGAGUUACAAGCGUUCUCAUGGACCUCGGAGAAUUCUUACCUUUUAUCAACGUUAUGUGCCAUUGGAGUGCGAUGUUCUUUGUACUGUUGCACGUUCCCUAGACACGUUAGGUUUUAAGAAGCCAAUUUCGAUGGUUCUUCAUGUCCCUACUUUUGUGGUUGACUUCCUUGCUUUGACCUUUGGCACUGAUGUAGAGAGGGCGCAUAAGGUGUACAAGAAUAUAGGUGCUGUUGAUGUGAACCACUAUACUUUGUCAAAGUUAUUGCACGAAUUUGAUGUUGGUGGAGAUUCUGGAAACCGUGAUGUCGUGGAGCCGGUGUCAAAUGCUCUUCGCCGCAGAUCACCUUUGAAAGUGGCGUUGCAUGAUAUCCACUCUAUUGUCACUAGGGAUUCCCGUUAUACCGACGGUCAGUUUUCUCAUCUCUUCAAGGACGUUGAUUUGGCUUUUGACCGUUUAUCAAUGCCUAUAAUUCGUGAUCGUUCCGAUUCUAGUAGUUCUGGUGAUUUUGCUAGGUUAGACCAUGUUCAGCUUGAGCAGUAUUUGCGUGGUAUAGGUCAUCUGUUGUCUAUAGCUAUACAGCUUGAUAAGAUGAGAUAUUUGGAUAAGUGUUAUAUGGAAUUUGUUUCUGGAUCAAACAUUGUCGAGUUAUGUGAUGCUUCUAUGGACUUUCCUUUGUUUGCGUGGUAUAUAGGUUCUGGCGAUUCAGAGACUCUUGUAGCUGUGGGUGGUACUUUACUGGGCAAUGAUGGUCGCCAGCACUGUUACGCUGAGUACAUGAUCGAAGUUUUGACUGAAUUGUGCAAGACAACGAUAUUUGUGGAUGAGAACGGUGAGCCUUGUGGGCCCGAUUGUUUUGAUGUUGUUGUAACUUGUCGUAGUAACCAGUUGUUACCGGCUGCUGCUACGAUAACAAGUCGUUUAGUGGAUGCUGGUAUAAGUUGUGAUUGUCGAGCUACUCCUUUGAUUCAUACUGACCACUUUAACGAGCGUAUUCGCAAGACUGGUAGAGUGAAGUUGCGUGUUCAUUUGCAAUAUGCCGUGAACACUCCGUUGCUCGACCCUAGCGUUGGCUCCGAUGUAUCUGAGCCUGCGUCUUUUGACGUGGUAAACUCUGAUGAAGCUGCUACGGAAUCUAAUGUGGAUAUGCAUGAGUUGGAUAUGUGGCGUCGCGUUUGCAACGUGACUCCUACAUCUGCACCUGAUUUGUAUUUGGAGACUGAUAUAAAUGCUUUGUGUGAGAAGGUGAUAGCCAGAAGCCGGGCUCCUGUCGAAAUAGACGAUGAGCGCAUCUUUUCUGGUAUAUCAUUUCAGGUCGAGCCCAUGCACGAGCGUUACGGUCAGUCCAGGAAGAUUGAGGGUAGUAACGCUUUAGUUCGUUACGUGAAGUCGGUAUUAUCACGUGCAUUUUCUGUGCCUAACACGGGUUUAUCGCGCGUACGUGUGUUGUCCGCUGUUCAAUCCGAGGUGGCUGUAGAGGUCCGUCCCGGUGUUGGUGGUACCGAGGCGUCAUUAUGGGCUCAAGAGCUUGCUAAGACUUUCAAGCGUUUCUGCCAGUCACGUGACUGUAUUGUUCGGGAGGAGAGUGCGGGUAAUAUAACGAUAUUGCGUAUCCGUGGUGCCGACUGUAAGUUCCGGGAGAACGGUUGUAGCGGUUUAGAGGAGCGUUUUUUGCGUGAAGCUGGUAUCCAUCAAGUGAAACGUGUUCCUGUUAGUGAGAAAUCGGGUCGUAUGCACUCUUCUACGGCAACAAUUGCUGUGCUUCCUGCUGAUUUGACGGAGUGUCGUUUCGAUGCUAUAUUAUCUAAGGUUGUUAUCGAUCCUCGAGAUAUUGAAUGGAAGACCUGUCGAUCCAGCGGUGCUGGUGGUCAGAAUGUGAAUAAGGUGGAGACUGCUGCUUCGUUAUAUCAUAAACCUAGUGGUAUCCGUAUCGAAUGUCAGGAAGAAAGGACACAGAGUAAGAAUAAGGAGAUUGCUAUUGAGAGGUUACGUAUCCAGCUUGCGCGUGAAUUGGAGUCUGAUGUGUUGGCGGAUGCGCGUAGUCGUCGUCGUUCUCAGAUUAAAGGUUCUAAACGUUCUGAGAGGUUGAAAACGUAUUUUUUUAACACCCACCAGAUCAUCAAUGACCGUUGUGGUUGUAAGUACAACCUGAAUGACUUUCUUCGUGGUCGUUUAGAAAAGGUUGACUGUGAUCACUUUUAA